AUGCUAUCCAGUUCGGGAGCAACGGCAGAGACCCUGGACCGCUUUUACGAAGACCUGUGCGGCUACAGCACGUCACCCCUGUGGUUGGUUCAGGAAGAGGCGCUGGUUGCCGAACCCAGGAGCAAGGCUCUGCCCUUCCUGUGGCGGUGGCGCGACCUGCAACCCCAGGCGCUUCGGGCGGGCGACCUCAUCGGCACCGCCGACGCCGAACGCCGGGUGCUGAUGCUUCUCAACCCAGGCCUGAACCGCAUGGCCACCACCAAUUCCAUGUUCGCCGGACUGCAGAUCGUCAUGCCCGGCGAAGCCGCCCGAGCCCACCGGCACACACCUGCUGCAUUGCGGUUCAUCAUAGACAGCCAGGGUGGAUCCACAACGGUCAAUGGCGACCGCAUCCCCAUGUACCCUGGUGACCUAGUGCUCACUCCCAACUGGACCUGGCACGACCACGCUAAUGACACCGAUGAUCCCAUCAUCUGGCUGGACGGGCUGGACAUACCGCUGGUUCACAUGUUGGAGGCGGUCUACUACGAGCCGUAUCCCGAAGACGUUCAGCCGGUCACCGAACCGACCGACUCGUCGCUGACGCGCUAUGGGGCUGGCACCCUUCGCCCCUCGUGGGAAACCAGCGGUGCAGCUCACUCGCCGCUGAUGCACUACCCGUGGCAGCAGACUUGGGAGACGCUGCAACGUCUGGCGCCCCCGAGGUUGACGGCAGCCCCUAUGACGGCGUGA